AUGUCUCAAGCCGGUAUCUGGACCCUUAGCCCUGCCGUUCAGGAGGAGAGCAUCGAAUCCUCCUACGUCGAAGUCUCGGGUGAACAUGGCGGCGUUGGCACCCAAGAGUCCAUCAUUGGCGUAGACCGCCGUCACCUCGCUCUCCCGGGCGACUUCAUGGACGGUGGCCGGUACCGAUCGGUUGUCAAGAUCAAGACUCGCUUUGGAGACGUCGACAAGGGCACUUCGGUUUGGAUGAUGGGCACGGGCUGGCUCAUCCGCCCCAACUUGCUCGUCACGGCCGGCCACGUCGUGUACGACUGGAGCCGAGGCCUGGGCGAGGCUCGCGAGAUCCGGUGCUACAUUGGAUACAGCGGCGCCGCCUCUGUCGGCAAGCCGCAUGUGCAGACGCGCAGCGCGACCAAGAUAGUCACCACGGCCGAGUGGCUCUCCACCAAGGCGGACCGCACUCGCGCCAAAGACGUGGCCUUCAUCCAGGUUGACCGAGACUUUGAGGGCAACCUGUCUGUGUUUAAAUACAGCAUCAACACGCCCGUUACGGGCCGCGGGUCAAACCUCGGCGUCGUCGGCUACCCGGGCGAUAAGUCCCUGAGGAACGACGACACUGGCGAGAACGAGAUGGGCGCUGAGAUGUACGAGGCCUUCCAGGACACCGACUACGAUAUUGCAAAGAGCCAGCGCAACAUGAUUGAGUACAAGAUCUCGACCUACGGAGGCCAGUCCGGUGCCCCCAUCGUCCGCCGCGGCGACAUGUCGGUCAUCGGCACUCACUGCUACGGCGGCGGCGGCUUCGAGAGCAACUCUGGCAACUCCAUCGGCGGCCAGUUCGGCAAUGUGUACAGCAAGUACAUUGAUCUAUUCAUCCAGCCCCUGGACGCGCCAAACGGCAAAGCUGCCAUUGUUGCACUCAGCCACGCGAGCAACGCCAAUGGCCAGGCGGUCCCUAGCAACCAGGUCAUCAGCAAUUGCCAGGUCACCAAAAGCCAGAUCGCCAACGGCCAGGUUGGCAACGGCCUCGCCCUAAUCAACAAGAACAACUACAACUACAACAACAACUCGGUGUCGGGGCCGCCUGUCGGCGACGCCGAAGGCUUCUUGGACAUCCUGCGGGCCGUCGGCAAGGUCGGGUCUGUUGCGCUGCCCAUUGCUGGGUCGAUCCUCGGAGGUCCCAUCGGCGGCGGCAUCGCCACCGUCGCCGGCAGCCUGCUGGGCAUGGUCUCGGGGGCGGAGAGCGCUCUCGACAACGGGGCCUCCUCUCCUGAGAGCUUUGCUCCCCAGCAAGUUUCUCGAGGCGCCGCCGAGCGUGCGGUGCUCGCCGAGGCGGCUUUGCAGACCAUUGUUUCGCUCGACCGCGGCGACGUGGCCGAGGGUCUCAUUGACGAUGUCGUGAGCACCUUCAAGCGCACCGCGCCCAAGCUCGAAGACCUCGUCAAGGUCUUGCGUCCUAUUCUUACGCAGCAGGCGCUCGAAAUCGCCGUCAAGGGCAUGAACCGCACCGCCGGGCUCACCCAAACCUCCCUGGAAUCCGAUCUCUCGCGGGCCCGUGUGAGCAUCCACCCCGGUGGUGAUCUCACUGAGAGCGCCUUGACGGGAGGCGGCGAGGGCGCCGCCCUGCUCGAGAGCCUGCUCACGCCCACGGUUCCCGUCGGCGGCGAGGAGGGAUGGAUCUCGAGCCUGGGCUCGCUCAUCAGCACCGGUGUCAAGUUGGCCGCGCCAAUCGCCGGCAAGCUGGCCAAGGAGUACGCGCCCAAGAUCAUUGGCGGUCUCGUCAGCAAGAUCUCGGGCGGUUCUCAGGAGAGCGUCGAGGGCUCCGAUGUGAUGCUCAACGACGACACCACGCGCUUCCUGCUCAAGCGCGCGUUGCUCGCCGAUGCCUCGCUGACGGCCCUCCAGCGCCUCAACAAGAACGAGCUGAGCCAGCUGCGCAUCCGCUCCGAGGUCCGACAGGAGCACGCUCUCGGAGACCAAGAGGGCGCUUGGGGAGAUUUCUUCAAGAACGUCGUGCAAAAGGUGGCGCCCAUCGCCCUCGACGGCGCCAAGAAGGCCGCCGCUGCCCUCGCACCCAAGAUCGUGGACGCUGCCCUCAGCAAGCUGGGCGGGAAGGAGAGCGAGCUGAGCGUGCCCAACGGGGCCCGUACCCUCAAGAACAAGGGCUCUUAUUACGAUGUCCUCAACGGCAGGUCGCCCAUUCAGGUAAGCAGCUUCCUCACACUGCGCGAGACGGGCGGCCAGCCGCAGUCGACGAGCCCUGCCGCAAGCCUCACCGAGCCGCAGCGCUUGUCGGGGCGACGCUCUUCGUUGGACUCGAACCCCGACCUUCCUGUCGCAUAUCCCACGGCGCCGUUGUAA